AUGGACUUGAAAUUGGAUAGGGAAGCCUUCCAGAAAGAGAAAGAGACGUUCUACUUGGACUACGUUGACAAGAAAGCAGAACUGAUAAGAGAAAAGGAGAACCUCACCAAGAAGCAGGAGAGGCUCGCUAAGGAAGCAAUGGACUUGAAAUUGGAUAGGGAAGCCCUCCAAAAAGAGAAGAAGACGUUCUACUUGGACUACAUUGACAAGAAAGAAGAACUGAUAAGGGAAGAAGAGAACCUCACCGAGAAUCUCGAGAGGGUCGCUAAGGAAGCAAUGGACUUGAAAUUGGAUAGGGAAGCCCUCUAUAUCCAAGUCGAUGAAAUGAGAGGAGAACUAAGAAAAGAAAAAGAGGAACUCAUCACAGAGCAAGAGAUGCUCAGGAUGGACAUUGCUGCCUUCAACCAGGAGAAAGAAAAAUUCUAUCGGAUGCAAGACCCAAAAGAAAAAGAAAGACAAAACAGAAAAGAAUAG